AUCCACAAUAAUGACGUAUAGGUGCAUUUCUGUCGGAUAUAUGAUCGCUUAUCAUUAAGCUAGCCUACAGUACAAGCGCACGAGUCGAGCUAAUACACAUGCGCAAUUGUGAGGCUCAUAUUUCGUAUGUAUACAUGUAGUCAACAGGUCAAACAUACGUCUUAUGCUUCAGUCAACAUUAUUGGUUUUCUGUUGACUGCCAUAUAUUCAACUAUAAUGUACCAUGAUUUUGGAUAUACUAAUGAGAUGAGCACUUCAGAAACAAAGAUCCUGAUCAACUAAAAGGCACUCCAUUCGCAAUUAUACUUCGGCCAAGUAUGUCUGUAUCGGUAGUGAUCAUUGCCUUACCAGUCUUGGUAGGAAUUGUUGAAGCGUUUGGCGCCGGAGCACCUAUGUCGUCAUGUCUAGCGUUUUUUCCAAAGCACGAUGGUGUCAAUAAGCAGAUGUGUGCCUCCCCUUAUUGGAUUGAAAUAUCAGCGUCAUCGUUCAGACCUUCUCAAGAAAUAAAUGUUACUCUGAUGGCGCCGCAUGGUCAAACGUUUAUCGGAUUUAUGCUGAACGUACAUCGGCAAGCUGGUGACACGGAGGAACGACUUGGCAGUUUCAUUAACAUAUUUGAGGACAGCACGAAGGCAAGGAGCUGCAUUGGAGGGAAAGAUAACAUGGUUACUCACAAGGACAACAGCGCUAGAAAACAAGUAACUGUCACAUGGAAAUCCCCCGCAUACGAAGUAGGCAACGUCACAUUCAGAGCGGCCUUUGUGAAGUCUUAUCAUGUAUUCUGGACAGAUGUCACCUUACAACUACCUUCACAAACAAACAUAAAACAGUCUAUCGUCAAUAAGAUUCUAGCCCAACAGGUGAACGUUGAUUAUGACGAUUGUGGUAAGAGCAUGGGGUGCCUGCUUUACCCGAGGUACUGUGGUGGUCUGGACUGUGACGUCGGCUUGACCUACACAAUGACCAAUAGCAAUGCCACAUUCACCUUCUGGGCACGGACAGAGAUUCAAAGUUACGUGUCGCUAGGAUUCUCUGGCGACAGACUUAUGGGGACGGAUGAGACAAUAUCCUGCACAUAUGACGGUACUAUUGUUACAUUUCAACACGGUAACAACCCUAAAUACUACAACCAGCGCCAGUAUAAGAGAGACCAGUUGAGCAGCAUGGCUAGCACGUACAGGGACGGAAAGCUGUACUGUACAUUCACCAGGCCUCAUGCUAUGAAUGUCACCGAGUUCAGUUCAGAGGUCACGACCUAUGACCUAAAUAACCCCUACUACGUCAUGGUUGCAUGGGGUCAUGUGUAUGAAGAUACUGCAGUAAUGAGUAAACACAAGGAACUGCCAGUGACAUCGCUGAACCCGGUACAAUUCAACCAGUACAUUAUUCACCGCGGAGAUGCCUUGCCCUUGCUCACUCAAAUACAUGGUAUCCUCAUGCUGAUAGCAUGGAUCGUAUUUGGGGGUUUAACCACCGUCAUAGCGCGCUAUUACAGACCAAUAUUUCCAGGAAAAACUUUAAUUGGCACAUCAGUCUGGUUUCAGAUACACAGAUCAGCCGCCAUUGCAACGUUCUUGCUUACAGCCGUGGCAUUCGUCAUCAUCUUCAUCAAAGUAGAUGGACUGACUGAAGUCACUGAACUUCACGGAUGGCUAGGUAUAGCUGUGAUGUCAGGAGUUACGCUUCAGCUAUUUGGGGGAUUGGUUAGACCCAGCAAUAACAGUCCUUACAGAAGCAUGUUUAAUUGGAUUCACUGGUUUCUUGGGAAAGUUAUAUUUCUUGUUGCAGUCGCAUCGUGUUUUGUUGUGUUUGAUACCGGAUUCCUGCCCCAUGUCCAGGAGAAGUUUGGUACCAUUAUGACGGCCGUAUGGAUUGGUCUUCAAGUCGUCUGGGAGCUGGUUUUUGAAGUUUGCAAACGUAGAAGACUCGGACAGAACAACAAAAUGGACGAGUCUACAACAUCACCAACAUCAAACUUCUUAUUGGUUUUAUACGUCAUAACUCUAUUGGCAUUGGUCACUCUCGCUUCCUUGGCAAUUUUCUUUUUUUAGAUUUUGAAUUGUUCAUUCCCAUUACACUUUUCAACGGAAAUAUGCUGAUUAGAUUACAAUCAUGGUAUUGAUUUAUCAGCAGUAACAUGUUGAAUGAGUAUUUCAAAUUCUUCUCGCAAAUGACCAAAUUAUAUUAACAUCAUUACAAAAAAUUGCAAUGUGAAAAUAUGUAAUAUUUUCAUUUUUUAAGAUGGUUUUUUUUUAAAGAGAGAUACGUUAUGUGUCAGUGUACAGUAUUUAUCAGAUAUGUUGUUUUAGUAGUUAAUGAAUGCCAUGUAUUGUAUUUGGUAACUUACAACUUAAGAAAGCAAACGUGCAUCUUAAGAAAAAUAUAUAUUUGGGAGGAUGUAUAUUAAUUAAAGCGAUAUCAUACAUGAUAGUUUGCCUUGUGUAGAAUAAGGACGCGAAUCUGUUUCCUACCCUUACGUAAGCAGAAACAGUAUAAUAAUUUAAGAUGUAAACUUGACUUUCAUUUUAUUAAGAUGUUUGUGUUAAUGCAAUUAUGACGUGACUGACUUUGUGUGUGUUUGUCUUUAUGGUGCUGUGUACAGCAUUCAUUGCGGUUCUCGCCAAGCCUGGGCAAAUCAAAACCAAACAACAGACUUUCUUCUUCCGCGGAAGAUCUUUAAAUGCUGUGUUGAUUAAUUCAUGGUAUGACUAAUGCUAUAAAAUGAUGAAAUACAUUUGAAAACGGUCAAUAAAUCAAAGAAAAAAUGUUAAAAUUUUACGAAAAGGCGAGUUUUUUUCAGUGAGCAUCAUGAACUAUAACAAUCUCAGAUUACUACGUUUUUUGGACCGAAUAAUUUCCUCACAAAAACAAAACCCCACUUUCUCUCCUUCCGCAAAAGAUCAUUAGAUAAUGUGUUCAUUAUUUCAUGAUAUGAUCAAUGCUAUAAUAUGGUAAAAUAUAUCUGUAUAAGACAACAAUAUC